AUGCCACACAACAGCACAAAGGCUCAAGAAAUCACGAGUAACGCUAGUCUCGCGAUACUCCGCGGGGCAGUCUCAAACGCAACUUCCAGUAGUCAUAAUCAGAGUUACCGCGGCUCCACCGGUAACUGGGUGGGAUGCCAGACUGAGUUGGCUAUGCCUCUGUCCUUACUGAGCACAUUGUGUGUUUGUGUGCUCUGUAUUCUGCAAGGAACCGGCCAGGUCCUCAAUACUUUCUGGGCUUCAGGAGAUUACAUCUUUAUUUGA